GUGUUUGUUUGAGGAGAUGACGUCACCGCCAGCUGAUCGAGGCAUUGAAGCGUGUGGCAGUCAAGGUGGUGGACUGUUGUCAGGAUCAUCGCAGCCCUCAACAAGAACAAGGUGGUGGAAUGCUGCUAGCUGCUUUUGAAUUCAUGUGAGAAUGAAAACCUGAGGCAUCUCUUCCGAACAUUUCUUUGUUUAGUGUACAAGACAUCAGCUGAACAUCCGUACCAUGGCUGCCUUGGAUAGAGAUGUGUAUGUCCCUCGAAUAUCUCAGCUGGAUGCAAUGUUUCUUGACAGUGAAGUGUAUUCUUUGAUAAAGUCUCAACUUAUGAAAUGUGUAAGGUAUUUUGGACAUGGUUUUGUGACAAGAAUGGAACCAGAAGUUGAUGCAGCACUUAAAUACAUAAUUUUGAAAUAUACUGUUCAAAAGACAAGGGGGUCAGUUGGCCAGCAGUUGCUACAAGUUAAUUAUCAAGAGGGAGUCUCUUAUAGGAAAUUAAGUAACUAUAUUAAUGUGAUAGUAUUGGUAAACUGGCUGAAGGAAAGAAGUAGCCUUAUAACUUCAAUUUUUUCAUGUAAAGAUAAUGUUAGAAAAACAGUGAGUGAGUGCAUUGGUGUUUUAGAAAUAGCUUUUCAGGUUAUACAUGUCAUGAAUCUAUUGGCAUUCCUACACAGAGGAUUGUACCCUACUGUUCCAGAGAGACUCUUUGGGCUCAGGCACGUUCCUUCUAUCCCAAAUACUUCUCGGAGAAUAUCUUAUGCUUAUUUCACAAGGGAGUUGCUUUGGCACGGAUUUGCUGAGUUGCUUGGAUUUAUUUUACCGUUAAUCAACAUACAGUAUUUCCAUAAUGCUAUCAAAAAGUUUUUACCCAGCCUUAAUGAAGAUCAAAAUGACACCACUCAAGAAACUGAUGUAAAUUUUAUCCAUGGUACAACUUGUGUUAUCUGCAACAAGUCACCUGUGCUCCCACAUGGGUUUGGAUGCCAACAUAUAGCAUGCUACUUCUGCAUUUACUCCAGCUAUGCUACGGGUCCCACAUUCACAUGCCCACUGUGUAACCAUCAGAUUGAGAGUAAAGUUCAAAUUGUACCUGCAAAUAUGUCAUAACCAGCUGACAUAUUGUACCUCCACAAUAGGAGCGCCACUGCCAUCUUAUGUACAGGGCUGGUACCAUCUUGUUGUUGGUAGCUUGGCACAAGGGGCUCUAUUCUCCACUGCUUGUUCCUGCACUUUCCCUCCUUACAUGAUGAAGUUUGGGGAGGGUGAUGGAAUCACAUGUGCCUUUGUCAGUAUAUUUGGUAGUGUGUGUGGAAUGCCCCUUGAUUCAUGACUUAGUGAAUGAUUUUACCUACCAAUGGGGAAGUUAGCCAACAUUUAUAUGACACCUACAUGAAUGAUGUGCAUCAGCCAUAAACCAGUAAUUCUCUGUCAUGUGGAUGAGGAGAAAAAAGAGGUGGAGAUAGAAAGACUGGGAUUCUUGAGGGCCCUGGUGAUCCAGAAGAUAUGUGCGUGUGUUCACAAAGUGCGAUGAAGUCAAAGUAUAGUCAGCCAAGGAGAAGUGUCCAGAUAUUGUGUCCACAUGGUAGAGUACAUACCUAAUACAGUAUAUGGUACAAUAAGUCUUUCUAAUUUUCAACAUAUUUGAAUAUAUCUGAUGUGUAAGGGCAGUACUGUUUGAGCUCUAGUAUUAAAAAAAGCUUUUAAAUGAUUAUACAUGUAUUUUUUUAUUAUAACUAUAUAUUCAGUGAUUUAUAUUAUUACAUAAUGAAAUAUAUUUCUUUACCAGAAAAGACACAGGAGUGAUUUGCAUUAUGCAGUGUUGUUUUAGGAGGGGGAUUGGAUAUAUAGAUCAGGUAUUUAUUUUCUGAUAAAGGUUCUAACAAAAA